AUGCAAUCGAUAAAUCCUCAGCUUCCUUUAUUUCCUGGCGGCAAUGAACAAAUGUUUAACCAGCAACAACAACAGCAGGCUCCAAAUAAUCAAAUGUUCUCACCUCAGAUCAAUCAAGCCAGAUUGAUUAAUCAACAGCAACCAAAUCAAGUGUUGCCCGCAGGUAUGAAUUUGAUGAACAUGAACCCUGGGGCAAAUAAUAAUAAUAUUAACCCAAAUAAGAACAAUAACCAAAACAUGUUAAACAGUUUGGUAAUGAAGCAGAAAUUACAAGUUUUGCAGCAGCAGCAGCAGCAGCAAUCACAAAAUAUACAAGCACAGGCACAAGCACAGGCUUUAUCUCAAGCACAAGCACAACAACCUUUAAAUAUUAACAAUAAUAACCAAAAUAUGCCGCCAGGUAUGAAUGUUUUACAGAGAAGUAUUCCAUCGAUGAUAAUGAAUGGCCAACAACAACAACAGCAGCAGCCUGCUGAAUUAUUACAUAUGAAUGUUGGAACUCCUAGCAAUGCCCAUGUUAAUAUCAAUAAUGCCAAUUUAAAUUUAAAUAGAGCAGACAUUUCAAAUGCCAACAGCGUUCCUUCAAACAUUAACAAUUAUAGAAAUAAUCUUCUACCUCCGCCAAAUCACUUAUUUAUUCGUGAUGUGUGGAAUGGUAAUUUGCAUUCCGAAUUCUCGAAUUUGAGAAAUUUAAUUCAACAUUACAACCGAGUUUCGAUCAGUACAGAAUUUGCUGGUACGUUAGCUAGACCAAUUGGUAAUUUCAGAUCUAAAACUGAUUACCAUUAUCAAACUAUGAGAUCGAAUGUUGAUUUCUUAAAUCCGAUUCAAAUUGGUAUUUCUAUAUGUGAUGCCAAUGGUAAGAAACCAGAUAACGGUCCUUCAAGUUGGCAGUUUAAUUUUAAGUUUAGCAUAGAGGAUGAAAUUGUCAGCGCAGAUUCUCUUGAUUUAUUGAAGAAAUCUGGAAUAAACUUUGAGAACCAUAAAAACAAUGGUAUCGAAGUUUUUGAAUUUGCACAGUUAUUAAUGGAUUCUGGAUUAGUCUUGGAAAAGAACGUCACAUGGAUUGCAUUCCAUGCAGCUUAUGAUUUUGGAUUUUUGAUCCAUUUAUUAAUGAAUGACAUGAUGCCAAAUAAUACCAAAGAUUUCGAAUGGAAGGUUAAUAAAUAUCUUCCGAAUUUUUACGAUCUAAAUCUGAUAUACAAAAUUAUUGAUGAUUUCAAAGAGCAAUUAAAACUAUCACAACAGCCACAACAACAGCAACAGCAGCCACAACAACAAAACCAACUCUCCUUGACAUCCUUAGCAGAGGAAUUGGGUAUUCCACGUUUCCCUAUUUUCACCACAACAGGUGGCAACAGUUUAUUGACAUCAUUAGUGUUUUCACAAUUAAGUAAUAUGUCCAUGAAGAAAUUACCAAACGGAUUAGAGUUUUCACAUUAUAAGAACCUAAUAUUUGGAAUCUUGAACGAUUCUUAA